AUGCGCGAAAUUGUGCAUAUUCAAGUUGGUCAGUGUGGCAAUCAAAUUGGUUCCAAGUUCUGGGAAGUAAUAUCUGAUGAGCAUGGCAUUGAUCCAACGGGACAAUAUCAUGGUGACAGCGAUUUGCAACUUGAACGCAUAAAUGUUUAUUACAACGAAGUACAAAGACAACGAUAUGUACCAAGAGCUGUUUUGGUUGAUUUAGAACCAGGCACUAUGGACAGUGUCCGUGCAGGUCCAUUUGGACAACUUUUUCGACCAGAUAAUUAUAUUUUUGGUCAAAGUGGCGCAGGCAAUAAUUGGGCUAAAGGUCAUUAUACGGAAGGAGCAGAAUUGGUUGAUAGCGUUUUAGAUGUAAUCCGCAGAGAAGCAGAAAUUUGUGAUUGCUUACAGGGUUUUCAAUUUACGCACUCACUUGGUGGCGGUACAGGUUCAGGUAUGGGUACGUUGCUGAUAUCCAAAAUUCGUGAAGAGUAUCCUGAUCGUAUAAUGACUACGUUUUCUGUAGUACCUUCACCAAAGGUAUCGGAUACUGUAGUGGAACCGUACAAUGCUACAUUAUCAGUACAUCAAUUAGUCGAAAAUACUGACGAGACAUUUUGCAUUGAUAAUGAAGCUCUUUAUGAUAUUUGUUUCAGAACACUCAAACUUACGACUCCUACUUACGGAGAUUUAAAUCAUCUUGUGAGUGCAACAAUGAGCGGUGUUACUACGUGUCUCAGAUUUCCAGGACAACUAAAUGCAGAUUUACGAAAACUGGCAGUCAAUAUGGUACCAUUCCCCAGAUUACACUUUUUUAUGCCAGGCUUUGCACCGCUUACUUCUCGAAGUAAUCAACAGUAUCGAGCAAUAUCUGUGGCUGAACUAACACAACAAAUGUUUGAUGCUAAGAAUAUGAUGGCUGCUUGCGAUCCACGUCAUGGACGUUACCUUACAGCUGCUGCAAUAUUUCGAGGAAGAAUGUCGAUGAAGGAAGUUGAUGAACAAAUGCUGAAUGUUCAAAACAAAAAUUCAGCUUAUUUCGUUGACUGGAUCCCGAAUAACGUAAAAACUGCUGUAUGCGAUAUACCACCACGUGGUCUCAAAAUGUCUGCCACGUUUAUUGGCAAUUCUACAGCAAUUCAAGAACUUUUCAAACGUGUUUCCGAACAAUUCACCGCUAUGUUCCGACGUAAAGCAUUUUUACAUUGGUUCACAGGUGAAGGAAUGGAUGAGAUGGAAUUCACGGAAGCAGAAAGUAACAUGAAUGACUUGGUUUCUGAGUACCAGCAGUAUCAGGAUGCAAGCGCUGAUGAUGGUAUCGACAGUGUCACUGAACCACCAGAAACAGAGUAA